GAAACAGGAGGUUUGCAUCAACGGCCACGCGCUUUCCAAACCAAUAACAAAACCUGUUUCGACUUGUUCGAAUACAAACUGCAAAAGUGCACCACAUUACGCAAAGCCAAGUGCAACAUUACUUUCUGUUAUUGUGUUGAUAUAGUCUUUCGACUGCCCAUUCACAAUGGAUAGGCGUAAGUUGAAGUCCCGAAAUACUGGAAUACUGCAUAAACAAAUUUCGGCUUCAAGUCAGUUGUCAAUUACAACAAGCAGUGGUGGUAGUUUUUCUCAGAGAUCACAAAAAGAAAAUAGUAGCAUUUUUGCCCGAUUUAGCCAAUCUAAUGCUUCGCGAAAACGUAAAAAUUCCGACGACGAGGAGAAAAAGGACGAGGAAUCGGACGUAAGUGCUAGUACUCGAGCCGAAUCUCCCGACGACAUCCCAACUAAUAUACGAAAGAAAAAGCGCAAUAUCGUGAAUGACAGCGACGAAGACAGUGACAAUGAUGAAAAAAGUAAGGAUAAAAGAAAAUCCCCCAAAAGUUCGCCAGAAUUACCGCCACCACGUUCCUCUAAGGUUCCAACAAAAAAAGACAAAGGUGAGAAAAAACAAAAGGCCGUGUCCAACGAUUCGGAUGACGAUACCGAAUCCACUGGAGAAAAACAGGGCUUCAUAAAAGGAUUUUUGGCAGCUAUUGAUAAUUCCUCCAAUUUAAGUCAGAAUAGUGAAUCGUCUGUUGAGAAGUACAGAAAAAUGAAUUUGAGAUCACCAUUGAUGUCUAGCCAAAAAAAAAUUGCUGCUGAAAGUAAAAUUGAUAAAAAAAAAUCCAAGAAACUUGAAAAAUCUAAGGAUGACGACAGUGAAUCUGACCAGAUUAUGGAGACAGAUAAUGAACCUGUAAAACCAGCAAAAAAAGUCAUUAGUUCGCUGCUUAGUCGAAAAAAUGCUUUAAAACAAAAGCAACAAGACACAAUUCAAAAAGAUAAAGAAAAAAAAAUGGAUUUAAGCUCCAUUGUUGGUGAAAGUGAUGACGAGUCAGAAAUGUCGUUCUCAGAUUUAGAGUUCACUCCUACGAAAAAAAAAGGAAAAGACAAAAAAAAAGUACCAACUCCCCAAAAAAGCCCAUCCCCAAUUCGCCAAAAAAGUUUAUCACCAGUACCACAAAAAAGUCCUACUCCAGCAAAAAAAACUCCAAUCAAAGAAAAAGAACAAAGAGGAAGAAUUACAGAAUCACCAGAAUUAAGUCCAUUAAGAAAUUUUAGUCCAGUAAGAAAUAUUACAACCAGAAAAAAUAAGCCUACAAAUUCAGCGGGCGAUGAAUUUGAAAAGUUUCUGAAUAAAACUGGAAUUACUUUAGAGGAUGGUGAAGAAAGCUUACACACUGCAAAUGCCAAUGCACAAGAAGUAAUUCAUAAAAUGAAAGAAGUACUAGCAGCAGGGGAAUUUAACGUUGAUGAAGUUUUAUCAUGUUGGAAUAAACAUAUACAGAAUGAAGAAAAUUUGAAAAAAUCUAUUUAUGAAAUGAAAAUAGAAACUGAUAGUGGAGUAGCUGUUAGCUCCAAAGCUGUUUCUUUAGCUAGAGUUCUACUUCAAGUACCCCAAUUCCAAACUGAUAUUAUGAACAGUUUAAUUCAGAAACUUGUUCAUGCAGUUGUUGGAACUGACUCAUCUGAUGAGGCUUCAUGGGCGUUAACAAUGCUUCAACAGUUUCGAUUUUUAGAAAUAAUGGUAGAACCAGAAAUUUUUAUGAGCAGAAUUGAAGAGCUUUUAACUUCUUCUCCGGAAUGGUUUCAGAGAGAAAUAAUUGUAUUUAUUCCUGAUAUUAUAACCGAUGUGCAACAUCGUGCAGCUGCUGAAAUACUUAUUAAACUAAUGGAGAGAAAUAGUGAACUUACUAACAUAAUUCUUGAUUGUAUUCAUAAUCUUGUUUUAGGAAAAGAUUAUAGAGAAGAGCUUAGAGAGGAAGUUCUGAACUUAUUGGAAAAUAAUUCUGACAAAAGUGCUAUGCCAGCAAUUGCCAGAUUUGUCCUUACAUCCUGCCCCUCAGAAACUGUAGCACUGAAAUCGUUGAAAACUCUCAGGCUUAUUGACAUGACACCUUCAACUUCAGAAAAAGUCGAAGAGUGCUACACUCAUCAAAUGUUUUUCAUCAAUGCAAUAAAAAUGGGCUUGCACCUAUGCAAAGAAGUCAUGCAAGCUGCUUUAACACUUAUUAAAGAUGAUAAACUAAAAUUAUUACCAAUUGAUAUAGCAUUAGUAAUACUUAUUUAUGAAGUUACAAUUACAAAAAAGAAAAUCGUAGAAGCUACUUUGAGCAGUCAUGUGAAAAAUGGAAGUUUAAAAACAUCAGACCUUAGUUUCUUUUAUGGUCAGUAUAAACAAAUUGCCAGAAGUUUUCAAACUACUUCCUUGCAUUUGGCUAUUGGACUUUUAAAAUCUGACAGUCCUGCCCACACGGAGUUUGGCAUUGAAUGGCUAAGAAAUAUGUUUAUUAGUCAGCGAGAUACCCCUUACAAGCAAAGAGAAAUAAUGGAAAAACUUUUGCAUUUAAUGGGUAACAAAGAUAAAACUGUAAAAAAUGCUCUGGAAGUGCUUUGCAGAAUGGCAAAUGAUGAGACGGAACGUCAAUAUCUGCAACAACAUGCUUGCUUUUUAAGGAGUUUUCUUGAGAGAAUUGACAAUUUACAAUUUGAUGAAGUAUCUAUGUUAUAUCAUUUACUACAUGGUCUGUGUACUCAUUCACAACUCAUAGCAGAUACUUUAAAUGAUGAUUUAACUAUUAUAAUGCAAAAACAACUAUGUAGCUCUAAAGUGGUAACAAAAUGUAAAGGUGUCCUGGGCGCUGUUAUGGCUAUCAAACACUUAUCUGGAAGUGCAGAAACAAGUGAUGAAGCGAUUGCUUUACUAAAAAAAACAUUGAUUAGUUUAAAAGAUUGUACAAGAUCGCAGGGUCUUUUUUAUGAUCAAUUAGAACAAAUUAUAGCAACAGCUCAAUCAAUUGAUGAGAAAUUUUUAAGUGAAAUCUCAAAUCUUUUUGAAGAUGAUCUUAUAAAUAAUGUUUUGAUUGAUUCUUUACCCCCCAGUGGAGAUAAAGAACCAAAAUAUGGUCUCAACGAUCCAUCUGCAUUAGAUGAGUUUUGUUGUAUUUCAUUUGGAUCUGGUAAAGUUGGAGCUAUAGUACCAGCAUCUUUCAAACUAUUAAGAACUUGCUGCUCACGUCUAAGUGGUUCUCUUGAAAGUAUUAAUGCUAUUUUGGGUACUCCAGUGUUGCUACCUACUGAUAUGGAUAUGCCCGAGCCAACAAUAGCUGAUUAUAUGAUUAACUGUAUCAAUUGGUUUAGAGAACUCAUCGGAGCUUUUGUAACUCAAAAAGAGGCAUUAUUACGGGGACAGGUCGUUAAGCGUUUAGAAACCCUGAUGAACUUGCAGGGGGAAUUUGUAGCUAUGGUGUCAAUGGUAGACGCUCACUAUCAGCCACCACUUUGCUAUUUCCAUCAUUUUCCUAAUCCCCAGUUCAACAGAAUCGAAUUGAAAGGAGGUAAAAAAGGAAAAAAAGGAGGUAAAAAAGGAGGAAAGAAAAAAGCUAAAGAAGAUGAAACUGAGACUGAGGAUAAAGAUGAAUCCUCGAUGAAUAAGUCUAUUGUACUUCCAGAAUUUGAGAGUUGGGAAGCAGGAUCUGAAAUGACUGUAAAAAAUCCCGCUUUCUUUCGGCAGAUGGACACGAAAAUUAUUCAUCUUUUUGACCCCCUUACCGAUUCACAAGAAAGUGAAGAAGUAGACGUUAACAUAACAACGUCUCAAGUAUGUUUUAUUAUAAAAGAACUGAUAAACAUGUUUCAUCAUCAAGCUUCUGAAAGGUUGAUCAAAGACUUGAUUCUUCUGAUGCCAAAGAUUUGUUUUAAGUUUCAACAAAUUGUUUCGGAUUUACGUGUAAACUCUGAUGAUGACUCUAUCAAUGACUAUGCUCAUCAAAAAGAAGCUGCACGAUUAUUUUUAUGCUUAUUCAAAGCUGUACUAAGUUGGAAAGAAUUUCAAAAUUCCAAACAUAACAAUCUACUACGCGAUGGUCUCAGAUGUUUUGCCGCGAUGGCCAGUGAAUCAAAUAUUAAUCUAAGAACUUCCAAGGACCUUGUUUCCGAAUCGUACAAGUAUUUUGAAUCAUUGUCAGAUAUCGCUACGCACGUUUCGAUAGCAGUAGCUUUAGUGAAUAUGUGUGAAUGCCUCAUGAAACAUUCCUCUAGUUUUACGAGUGAAUCGAAAGAAAGACAAGCAAAAAUGGCUUAUGGUUAUUUGUGUCUGGAGUGGCACAAUGAUGGCCAUGGUCCUCAAUAUAGAGCAGCUAUCAAAGAACUGAUAAGAACAUGGAUUAGUAAUGAGCCCGAUCCAUUGAAAACUGUUACAUCGGUCAUGGAAUGGUUACCUAAUGAAGCGAGAGAGCUCCAACGGCCAGCAUCUUGCUUAACUCGGUUGCCGUCUGUCAGUAAAUCAAUUUUCCAUUUGUUAUUAAAAGAAUUAUUUAUUGGCAUCAUUAAAGGAAUCGACAUUUCGUUGGAAGCUGCCGAAAGGGAUCCAGAAAGGAUACAAGUGUGGCAGGAUUCAGCCAUAUGUUUAGAUAACAUUGCAAACAUUGUUAAAACUUUCAAACAUAAUGUUUAUUUGUUACUCUUCCUUCGAUACACGACAAUGUUGUACCAACCCCUAUUGACUGCUGGUAUGAAAAUUUUAGAAGCAAAUGUAAAAUACCAGCCAGAAGAGGUACUGAAUGUAAUCAAAUUGUAUCAAAGAUCUGGUCGAUUUUUGAGGGAUAUUUUUUGUACGGCAAGAAAAGAAAAAAAUGUUACUCUCUUGAAAUUAAUUCCUGUGGCAAAAUCCAGACGAGAAAAAUUCAUUUAUCGCGUGAAAGGGAUGUUAACUGCCAAUAAUUCUAUCGGUGCCUUUUGGAUGGGCAAUUUAUUGAAUAAAGAUUUGGACGGGGAAGAACUUAGUUCUCAGUCUACUGAUGAUGUGUCCGAGGUAGCAGAUGAAACCCCAGAAGAAAAUUCGAAUGAUGGCCACAAUUCCGAGGUUUUUAAUAGUGGUUCCGACGAUGACAUCGGUAUGGACGAAGAUUAAAAUGUACUUCAUGUAAAACUUUUAAUUCUAGUUAAGUUGUACAGCAUUAGCUUUGUGAUUUUCCAUGUGAGUGUCAAGUCAAUUUUUGUUUGUGUAGUUCACAAAUUAAAUGUUGUCUCUAUAUUUUUUUACUGAUAAAAAUCGUUAUAAUACAUGAUUUACUCCA